UUAGAUCCCGGUGGUUCGGUGCAUAAUACGAUGUCGUCCGAUCUCGAAGUCUCUGGUGACCAAUGCGGCCUAGCAGAAACCCACAAGGAGCUGACGAAAAAGUAUAAUGAACUUCGCCAGGAAUCGCAUGUUUUGUCGCUUAAACUGGAGGUUGUGGAGAAGACCAACUGCGAUUUGACAAAUGAGCUGGAGACGACGACAUACGAUUAUGAAAAAUUGCUCAAAGAAAAAAAACAAAUUGAGGCGAAGCUGAGUGGUGCCUGUUCCGAAAUCGUGAAGCUUCAGGAAGAUAAGUAUGAAAUGCAAAAAUGUAUCCAAUCGUUAGCGGAACAACUGAAGCAAUGUACAGCAGCACCCAGAAUAGAGACGCCAGUGGUUGUGUGUCCGAGUAAUGAUUCAAACUCUGAACAUUUCGAACUCAUUGAGAAAAUGAACGAGGAGCUGCUAGAGACGGAAGCGAAGCUUGCCAAUGUGGUUCAGGAAAACUCGCUGCUCUCGAAAGAUUUGGCAAGCCAGAAGGAGCGAUGUGAAGCACUACAAUCCAACUAUGAGAGUACCAGACAUAAUUUGGAGGAAAUGCAAGACCUCCUCGAAGCUGCCCAAAGCCAUAGUGCCUCGCUGGCGGCAGAGCUUGAAGAACUACGCUCCAACCCAGAGGCGAAGAAAAAAGGCAACUCACUGUUUGCAGAAGUCGCUGAUCAGCGCAAAAAGCUUAUAUCCAUCAUAAAUGACCUAAAGGUGCGUUACUAUUCCCUGAAGGCGGAGCAUCAAAACUGUCCGACGCGUUUUCGAGAGCUCCGCAACAUGCAGAUCGAGCUGACCACCAAGCUGAACCAGUGCAUAGGUGCAGUUGCUGACGCCGAAAAGGAACACGAGCGAGCUGUUGAUGCGUUGAACGGUCGGCUUAUGUUACAGAUAAAAAAGGUAACCGAUCGAAACAAUUAUCUAGAGCACCACCUCGCCAAAAACAGCCAGUCCUGGGUUGAAACGCUAGUAAACUACAACAUGGAGACAAUAAACGAUCUCCGAGCCCAGUUAAUGGAUUGCCUGACAAAACACCGCAUUGCAGAAGAUGACCAUUUAUGGAAGGCCAAGGAAUUGACCAGUGUACGUCUGCAACUGGCGAAGCUAAUGCUCAAUUCGUGCGAAAAGCGGAUCGAAGAUUUAGAUAAUGGCUGUUGUCAAACGCUGGAAAAGUUGUGUGAAAGCGAAGAAGCACCUGCGACGACACCGCUGGUCGGUAGCAAACAUAACACGUCCGACUUGUGCACACCUUCCAGCUCUGUUGAGGCGCCAGUAGAGUUACCUCCUUUACCAGACGACUUUGCACAACCAACUAAAACAGAAGUCAACAUGCAAGAAGCUAUCGAAGAUGUGCCAAUCGCUGCUAACAAAGAACCGGAACCGGGUGAUAAGGAGGACGACCCAAUUCGGAUAAACUCAAGAAAACCCCUGGUUAUUAGGCGAAUUAAAUUAUUUCCUCGGCCGACGGAUAAUUAAAUGUUUGAGAAAAACUCAAUUUAAAUCAUAAAAUCUCUUAUGUUAAUUAGAAUAUGACAUUGGCAGAACUUGUGCAUAUUGUAAUUAGCUUUACGAAAUGAUAUACAAUAAAUUUUCUAUUAUGAGAUGCUUCA